UUCGACUAUCCAGAAAUUCUCCAGUUCUGGAUUGGAAUAAACAACGAUUGAGGUUAGGUGGGAUUAUAAAAACGUGUUUAAAUUUGCAAAAAAAAAUAAAAAAAUGGGAAAAUUGCAACAUUCCGAAAGUGAGGAGGAAAAUGAUAGUGAUUAUGGGGAGGACAUGCUUGAAAUGGUCGAAGAGGACGACUUGGACUUCCUCAAAAAUGCCAUAACUUCAAAAUCGUACAACAUUUUCAACAAAGUCAAGUAUUCCGGUGCCCCUAAACCCAAAAGGCGCCGCUUAAAUAAUGAAGACUCGGAUCUGGAGAAAGAGUUUGAGGAGCAAACUGUUGAAGACACCCCCAUGAAAAAUCUCCUACCCAUCAAAACUAAGUUUGGAAUUGUGCCGCAACAAAUUGAGGACGAGUCCGGCGAGAAAUCUGAAGAUGAAGCCGAAGAAGACGAAACGCAGGAGCAGUUUGACCUAGUUGACGAUAAAAUUGAUAUUUCGAAACCAAUUCCUGCGGCACAUUUAUUGGCCGAGCGACAGAAAGUUUUAAGAGAGAAAAAAAUUCACAUUGGGACUUUGAGUGCCGGUGUUUUGGAAAAUCCCGAAGAAAAAGUAACAAAUCUACGAACUUUACUCAAACUAAUGGAUGAGGAAAGUAGCGAAGUGUUUUUCACUGUGAGGAAAUUGGCCACUGUGUCGCUCCUAGAAGUGUUCAAAGACGUUUUGCCUUCAUAUGAAAUCAAAAAAGUCAACAAUGAUGGAGUGAAAUUGAAAAAGGAUACAUUAAAAUUACAAAAAUAUGAAGAAAGUUUAGUGCAAUAUUACAAAAAGUUUUUGCAAAAGCUUGAAAAGAACUCUUCGGUUUUGCUCAAGAAAAAAGGUGACACAAGAAAAUUUCACGAAGAAGAAAUUAAAUUGGCUGAACUAGCAGUGCAGGCAUUAUGUGACUUACUAGUUGCACACCCUUAUUUCAAUUAUGCCCAAAAUAUAGCACAAGCUGUUGUUCCCUUCUUAAAUAACGUAAGAAGUAACAUACGGGAAAUUGCAAAAAAUGCAAUAAGAACAGUUUUCAAGGAGGAUAAAAGGGAAGAAAUCAUACUAAAGAUUUUACGAAUAAUCAACGCCUAUUUAAAAAACCGAGCUCACAAUGUUCAUCCCGACAUGUUAGAGACAUUCCUUGUUCUUAAUUUACGAGACGUUAAUUUAGACGAGGAAAAGGAGCAAGACAUUAAACAGAAAAAAUUGAUGGCACGCAAACAAAAAGUACUACAAAUGUCCAAAAAAGAGCGCAAACGUAAGAAAAAACUUCAAAUGUUGGAACAGGAAUUACUAGAAACUAAAGCUGAAGAGAACAAACAGUCAAAACAGCGCAACUUGACUGAAAUCACAAAAAUAGUUUUCGGGGUUUAUUUCAGAAUUUUGAAAAGUUCGACCAAUAAUAAAGUUCUGGGCGUUUGUCUAGAAGGCCUGGCAAAGUUUUCUCAUUGCAUAAAUAUAGAAUAUUACUUAGACCUUGUCAACAUUUUGGACAAUUUAUUGAAAGAAGAGUGGAUCGGUUACAGAGAGCAGUUACAUUGCGUCCAAACUGUUUUUUCUAUUCUGAGCGGACAAGGAGAAGCUUUAAAUGUAGACCCGACUCGUUUUUACACCAAUUUAUACAAAGGUCUCCUCACAACCAACGCCUCUAAAAACCACUCAAAUUUUCUUAUUCUUUUGAAAACACUCAACGAUGCUCUGAUCAAAAGACGCAAAAAAAUAACAAAUAAAAGGACGCUCAGUUUCGUGAAACGUUUGGCCACUCUUAGCUUACAAUUGUUGCAUAAUGGUAGUUUAGGGAGCCUUGGUCUUAUCAAAAACAUAAUGCAGCUUAACAGAACAGUGGAUAUCCUCCUAGACUUGGAUAAUUCGUUCGGAGACGGAAAAUAUCAGCCAGAACUGGAAGACCCUGAAUAUGCGAACGCGUCAAGUACCGGUUUAUACGAACUGAAUUUGUUGGUGAGACAUUACCAUCCUGUUGUCACCAAAUACGCCAGAAAUAUCGCUUUUGGGGUCCCCGCCACGGGGGAAGGCAGCCUUGACCCCGAAUACGCCAAAUGCACACCUGAGCAACUCUACCACGAUUUUGACAUGUGUGAAAUGGCCUUCAACCCCCCUGUCCCUGUCCCCAAAAAAGUGGCCCCUAAGGAGAAGCACCAAAAGCACCUAUUUGCCGAUUCGGCCUUCGAGAGCCAGUGCAAAAGUAUAGUUAGGGCACAUUUGAAACGCAAAGCGAGUUUUUUGUAAAAUAAAAGAUAAAUUUUUUGAAUUUA